AGCUGAAGUCGGAAUUCUUGUUGUUCUCUUUAUGGAUAAUUAAGAUUUAUUGAGCCAUAUUACAUCAAGGAUAUUUGCGUUUGUGUAUAACCAUGUUGCAUUCUCCACUUUCAAAUCCUUUUCCAAACAAUUGUUCCACGACUACCACAUCGGAAUGUAACGAAUGUUUUAAACCAGAUCUUACUGUUCUGCAGUCUGCAAUACCAUUCCUUACAAAGCCAUUAUUAGCGAUUGCUGGCUUCUCAAAUACAAAUGAUAUUCCAGGGUCUACGCCCACAUCAUUUUCUAUCCAACCAGCAUCACGAGUGCAAGCUCAUCAGCAAAAUUUAACAUUCGGAAAUGUAGACAGCCCUAACUUAUCAGGAUCGUCCUCAUUAUCAUCAUCUUUAGUUUCUCUACAUUCCGCCCCCAACAGUUGUGUAACUAAUCAACAAAUCUCAACAUCUCCCGUAUCUGUACACUCAAACCAUGUUUCCUCUGGCUCCAGAGAUUCACGGUGGCUUAAGCUGCGUGUAUGUACAUCAGUUUUCGGAAUAUCUAACUCACCUUUGCAAAAUAAUACUAUCAGAUCUGAGAAAGAGCCUAUGGACAUUGAAAAUAAAUGUUCUAUAAAGUUAGAAGACACUAGUACAAAAAAUGAGUGUUCAUCUACCACAAGCUGUCAAAAUGAGAAUGAAUCAAGCUUUCAUUGCUGUGUUUUGGGAAGUACAUGUCCUUACGCCCACCCACCUGUAACUGUCCGAGUAGAAAAUGGCUAUGUAACAGUAUGUUACGACUUCAUUAAAAGGAAACUCUGCAAGUUUUCUCACUGUAAAUAUUAUCACCCCCCGCCACACCAAAUCGAAGCUAUUAUUAAACGUGGCGAUGAACAAAGGAAACUAUUGGAAAAUCAACAACGUUUGUCUGAGUUAAGAACUUCCAAUCUCAUUUCAAUGCAACCGCUGCAACAGACACUACCGACUGGUUUACCCAUUCUCAGUUCAGUAGCUAGUAGAUGGCCACCUACUACAUUACUCCAGUCAACUGUUGGGGGAUCAGUUUAUGGAACAUAUUUAACUCCUCUAAAUUCUGUACCUGAUCCGGCAUCUCUUAGUGCAUCAGCAUUAUUAGCAGCGGCAGCUGUCCUACAACAGGCAAAUCAAGUUGCCAGUGUGUUACCAACAUCAUCUACACUAUCUUCAUGCUCAAUAUUUCCUCAUGAUUCGGUUAUUUCAAAGUCAACAAUCAAUAAUGAUACGUCCUCAUCAGUUGAUUCUGAGAAAUGGUUACCUACAAAACGAGCAAAUUUGUCUACCUCAUCUUCAUUAGACGGAACAAGUCAAAAUAAAGAAUCAACUGUCGUAUGUAACAGUGACGAAAAACUGGAAAGGUCUUGCCAAAAUAGUGAAACAAAAUGUCGUAUGCCUGAUUCUGGGACUUCGUUUCCUGCUAUUUUCACUUGUGGGUCUUUCAAUCCUGGAUUUACCCCAAUAAAUUCUUGUACAGAUAUAGGAACAUCUCAUGUUAAUCCUGAGGUAACGAAUGUGCUAAAUCCUUUGAGUAUGAGUAUUUAUGGUCUUCCGUUUUCUUCACAACCUGCUGCAUCACUUUACACUCCAUCACAAUUCAUAUACCCACCGUUAUAUUCCAUGAACAAUGGUUGUGAUGCGCCUAAUCCAAUGACUUCAGCAGCUGCAGCAUUAGCGCUAAAUAACUUUUUAAUACAACAGCAACAACAACUGCAGUCUCAUCAAUUGUUACGAACUCAGUUGUCGACAGUAUCAAAUCAACAGUUAUCUGGGUCUGGCUUGUAUUCAUCAUAUGUACCAUCUUCCACCUUAGCGACCGCCACAGCUUUAGCAGCAGCCCAUCAACCUCCAGCUCAUGAUGUUCAUACAAAUGCUUCGAAUAAUACUUUUCAACACCAGCAACAAGCUCUGUUGUUGUCACUUAUCCUUCGAAGUCAACAAACUCAUCUAGCUGCUGCACAAGUGGCAGCAGCGGGCUAUUUGUCACAAAACGACACUUCACGAUUACCACCGAUCCCCAAUCUUCAAAAUCAUGGCUGCGUUCUGGAUUCAUCAUGUCCGGUUCCAGGUGCAUUAGGACAUCUUUCGUCUGGAUUAUAUGGAACCAGCUUUUGUUCACAGAAUCCAAUGACCAAUGUGGCCUACAUUAAUGAAAAAGGCCAUGUAAGCCUGUCUUCUUCCAUUUAUAUUAUGACAUGAGCUUUCAUUUUAGACUAAAUUGAUAGUGAAGUUAAUCGACGCGCACAAAUAGUGUCUAAAACGAUUUGUAGUGGCUUUAGGUAGACAUUGUUCAUUUAGGUUGGUAAAAUUUAUAACCAUAUUAUACAAUGUGGUUUACUUGUUAUAUGCUCAUAUGUAUUAAUCAAACUUAGUAUGUUUUAGGUAUUUAAGGGGCUAAAUUAUAAGGUGACACUUAUGUGUAAGUUUAGUCGAAUAAUAUUCAACUACGAAAUCUUAAAAAGUGAACUUGGAAUUUAUAAAUCUAAAUGGUUAGGCAGAUGAACCACGGUUUUAUGUUUUUACAAUAGGAAAUAUACACUAAGCUGAUUCCAUGAGAAAUUAGUAGCAUAUCAUUUGCAGUAAAUGUUGUAUACUGUUGAUUAUAUAAAAUUAUGUGGUUAUCAGGUUGUAUUUCAUUCUCGUACAACCUUUAAAAUGAACUAUUCAGCUUACUGUCUAGCCUCACUUUGUAUUUGUUAAGUCCCAAUAAGCAUAAUGAAUGGUAACUUUGGGAUCCAUUUAUGAACCAUUACUAAACGUAUAUUAUUAUCGUGUAAUUGUUAAAUAACUAAACUAUUCAUAUUCCUUUUAUUAUCAGCUUUAUUUUGACCUAUGAACCAUUAUUAUACGUCUUACCAUUCUUGAAUUAUGCCCUGUCUAUUAGUCACUGCCUCCCACAUUCACAGCCACAUUUGGCCAAAUCUUGUUUUCUAUUUUAUGGUACGUUUGAUUGGUAUAUAAACCUCGUAUGCUUGAAAUAAAUGAUUCAUAUCGCAGAGGUUCGGAUUGGUGUUCUGGACUUAAUUGGCUGGGCUAGACGGAAAGCAGGACCAAUCAGAACUCUAGACUGCUCAUACGGGUUUACGCGUCCUUGAUCCAAUCGAUAAGUCACUGCUCUCUAAUUGGCGGUAUCGUUACUUAUCCAUUAACAGGGCACUCAGGCAACAAGUAUAAAAGUAUUGUCGUAUAGUGUCUUUAAAUCAAAGGAUGAAGUAUGUACUGUUUUUCAUCAGUGAAGGUGAGAUGAUUUGUUGUUUUGUACUCUGGUUUCAUGAACAAUUCAUACAAUUAAAAGAAUAUUCUCGGAAUUGAUUUCAGUUGUUGGAAACGUUGCCAAUAUGUCGUGAUUUUAAAGCUGGCAAAUGUCGUCGUAACUCAGAAUGCCGUUACGUUCAUCUAGUUGACGAAAAUGUGGAAGUUAAUCAAGGACGUGUGACUGUAUGUCGCGAUGCUGCUAAAGGUCGAUGCACACGUAUACCAUGUAAGUAUUACCACAUUCCUUUGUUCGCCAUUUCGGCUAAUCGAAGUAUGGCAUUGAAUUCCGCUCUGGCCAGCGUCACAGGAUUUCCUACUAUCUCCACACUUUAGAACUAAACCAGUAAUACCUCCUGGAAAAUGUUUCUCUACCAAACCUCAGAAGAUAUUUAGGUUUUUUAUUUUUAAGGAUAGAUAUAUUUAGAUAAAACUGUCCAUCACAUGAAUUUUGAUUUCUACUUUGCCUGAAAAAUAGAUAUCUUCUACUAAUUUCAUCUUUUGAAUUUAUCUUUCUUAUUUUUGUUUUGACCAAUGUUUGUACUGAUGUUUAUUCAAUAAUCGAAUGUCUUCCUCUAGGAUUUAUAAGAACCAAACCUGAACUGGCUUAUUUGCCGUCAAUCAUGUCUUCUCAACGUUAUUUUUUUUAAUUUGUCUCGUUCUAAAAUUUAUUUAGUAUUUUGAUCUUUUCUUUUACUUUAACCAAUUAUUCAGUUACAGAAGGAAUUAACUGUUCAUUUUGUAUAAAAUAUUAAAAAAUGGAAGAUAAAUUGAUGUCAUACACUUCUUUUCAUUUCAGUUACUGUAUGUUUUUUACUGUUAAAUGUUUGAUAACCUUGAAGAACUUUUACGAAAGCGCAGACAUGUCUUUUCGUUGAUAAUAAUACUAACAGGAGUUGAUCUAAUUGUAGGUUACUUUCGAUUUAAUAAGUUGACAGUGAGAUACUGAUUUAAUUUUGUUUUUUUUGUCUGUAUGUUUCAAACUCAACCAAUAUUCACUUCAUGAUGAUGUUGUUCACUGACUUUUUUGUCGAAAAAUAUUUCUAUAUUAUUCACUUCUCUCAAUAUAUGCAAACAUUCACAAUUUAGAUUCGAAACCUCUUGAUAUACUUGUUAUUAAAAUGAUCAAUACGAAAAUUAUUACUAUAAUUAUGCUAUAUAC